AACCCGGAGUUAAAUGUGUUUGGUUUCUUUGGUUACGAAGCGUAACGAAACGCGGUGGAGGUUGAAAUGGACUUGAGAGGAGAAGAGCGAAAUUUUUUUUUUUUUUUAUAACAUGUUUAACACGCUCGCUAGCCAAUAGAUAGACUUUCUGGACGCAAACAGAGCAAAAUCUCAAAGGGCUGUGGUUGUCGUACUUAUGCUUAAGAAAAAUCAACAAAAUAACACACGUAAACAAACGCAAAAAGAAUGGAUCGAGCCUGAGCUAAGGGAAGUGUUUUAAAAAGUCGAAACACAAAGAAGAGUUGGAGUACAAUUUCGUUCAAAAACUGGUCAAAACCUCGAAGGGUUGUGUUAAAGUGUAUUUAUAUCUCUCGAUAUAUAAAUAUAUAUUUAACAUUACAUACUCAAUAUAGUAUAUAUACACAAAUAAAUCCGAAAACACCAUGAAGGCAACACUUUGUUUACUUCUUAUUGUAAUUUACGCAACCUUCUCCGCAGUUGAAAGUAGAGUUUAUUCAUCCUCGAAACAGAAGUAUCAAACGGAGAAUCAGAAAGAAUAUGACAAUAAUAAUGUAGCGGCCAGAUAUUCUAAAAAGAAUAAGAAAUCGGUAGAGACGGGAACAUCGGGUUCUCCACAAAAACGAAUCGUAUCGGCGUGGGGAAUAAUUGCAAUAAUUUUAGGUAUAAUUAUACUCAGUACAAUUACGUACUACGUGUUCAUACUGUAUCCGUACAUAUGUUACAAGGAUCAGGCUUAUGACACCAUAGAGUUGACCGAAGUUAACUCUGUCAGUACUGUCAGUGACAAUAUUAACAACAUGCUGCCAUAUCGCAACUCAAAUGACACAUCGUGAAAUCGAUAAGAAAAUAAGAAAAGUAAUAUUUUUCACGUUACUUAGAUAAGAGAUAAUAAUAACUUAUAUAAGAGACAAUUACAAUAUAUUUAUAUUAUCAAUUUUUAACAGCAAGUUUUAUAUCGGUUUUUAAGUAGUUUUGAGGUUUCUCUUUUGGAAACUUCUAUAUAUAGACAUCGAUAUAUUACCACUUUUUAUAUCAAGUUUUACAUACGCAACACUACAUAUUACAGCAAUCAGUAACUUCAGUGUUUAACAGAGUGAUUAGUAUACAUGGAAAUAAAUUUCUUAUGACAUUUUUUGUACGGAGAGUUGUGCUUCUUUGCAAGAGGAAAUUUUUAAUCGUACGAAUGAAAAUUUGUUGAACACAUAUAUACACGUUUUUGUUAAAAAUACUAUUUUCUUUUUAAAACGCGCGUAAAUGUUAAAUUUUUUUACAAAUAGUGUACGACGCAUGUCAGUUCUGCUUGCGCAAUGGAAGAUCCGACAGAAUACACAUUUUAAUUAGCGAGUGUAAUAUGCGUCACACACACACAUGUUCAGAGACAGACAGUUUGUCGAUACGCGAUUACAAUUAAGACUGAUUUUUUUUUUUUAUAUCGUCGAAUUUGGUCCCAUUACAGGGAUAACUACUUAAUUACUAAUCUAACUAGUUUUGUGAAGAAACGAUCUGUUCUUAAACUACUAGCGUAGCAAUGCAACACGUUUUUAUUACUAGCACAU